CGACCCACAUUUUGGUUCCGGGGCUCCGGUCUAAAGAUGCAAAAUUUCUCCAGUAAACACGCAGCUGCCUCCUCCGCCGCUCGCUUUUUUUCCCUUCCUUCUCUUCUUCUGAUGUGCGUAUAACUACGCCGUCAAUUUCAGGUACUAAUUUCUCUUAACUAAAAUUACCCCAAAGCCACGCUUACAUUUUUACUCAUUUUCUUCUUCUUCUUCUUCUUCUUCUUCACAUUCAUGUAUUGCAUAAUAUACUACUAUUUAAAUUACUACUCUUCUACAUAAUAAUGACCCUUUAUGUUUUUAGAGCUUCUAAAUUCAUUAUACCCAAAUCAAAUCUCAAUCAUUUCACCAUUUUUCUUUCUUUUUAUUCAUCUUUACAUCACUUUCAAUACCCAUCUCAUAUAAAAAUCACAACUUUCAAUACCCAUAGAUGUAAUAAUAAUAGUAAUAAUAUUAAUAAUGUUGAAAAUCCCUUUCAAGAUUCAAAUUUUCAGAAUUUAGUUUUGAAAAAAAUUCAAGAAAGGGAGGAUUAUUGUAUUGAUUCUUUAAUUUAUGAUUCUGAUUUAUUGGUUAAGAUUCUUAACUCAAUUAGAUAUAGACCAAAUGUUGCAUUGAGAUUAUUUAGGUGGGUUGAAGUGCAAAAAGGGUUUAAUUAUUCCGAGUUUUCGUUAUGUACUAUUCUUGAUAUUUUAAUACAGAAUGGUUGGAUGAAAUCUGCUUAUUGGGUAGUAGAAAGAGUGAUUAGUUGUAAUAUGGAUAAAGUUGUUGAUUUAUUGGUUGAUGGGUAUUUGAAUUUGAAGGUAUCUGUUGAAAUAUUCAAUCUUUUAUUAAGAGUUUACACGAAAAAGAACGCGAAUUUGGAGCAAUGUUUGUUGGUUUUCGAGAAAAUGUUGAGCAAUGAGAUAUUGCCUGAUGUGAAGAAUUGUAAUAGGAUUUUGAGGAACUUAAGGGAUAGGAAUUUAGUUGCGAAAUCGCGAGAAGUGUAUAGGAUGAUGGGUGAGUAUGGGAUAAAGUCGACGAUUAUUACUUAUAAUACGAUGUUGGAUUCGUUUUGUAGAGAAGGCGAAGUACAACAGGCUUUAGAUCUUUUAUCGGAAAUGCAGAGAAAGGAAUGCUAUCCGAAUGAUGUUACGUAUAAUAUCUUGAUUAACGGGUUGUCCAAGAAAGGAGAAUUUGAUCAUGCUAAGGGUUUGAUUGGAGAGAUGUUGAAUAAAGGAUUGAAGGUUUCGGCUCAUACGUAUAACCCUUUAAUUCACGGUUACUGUGCUAAGGGAAUGAUUGUCGAGGCAUUAGGUCUUGUAGAAGAAAUGGAGGUAAAAGGAGUUUCGCCGAAUGUAUCGACUUUUAAUACGUUUAUUUACGCACUUUGCCGGGAAGGGCAGGCAAGUGAAGCGAGGCACUGGUUUUCUGUCAUGUUGAAGAAGAAUUUGGCACCGGACAUAAUCUCGUAUAAUACUUUGAUUUACGCGUAUUGUCGGUUGGGGCAUACUAAUGAGGGUUUUUCGUUAUUACGUGAUUUAAGGAGGAGGGAACUUUUUCCUACAGUAGUAACGUAUAAUACGAUUAUGCAUGGACUCUGUAGAAAAGGUCAUUUAGAGGAUGCUAAGCAGCUGAAAAAAGACAUGAUGAGAUCCGGUAUCUCCCCUGAUGUAUUUACUUACACUAUUCUUGUUCAUGGUUCGUACAAGGCAGGAAAUUUACCAAUGGCAAAAGAACUAUUCGAUGAGAUGUUACAGAGGGGUUUGGAGCCAGACUGCAUUGCUUACACAACUCGAAUAGCAGGUGUACUGAGGCUGGGUGACAUAUUGAAGGCGUGCAAACUACAAGAGGAAAUGUCAGCACAGGGAUUCCCUCCAAAUAUAAUUAUCUACAAUGUAUUUGUCGAUGGUAUUGCGAAGCUCGGUAAUCUAGAAGAAGCAACUGAGUUGUUACAGAAGAUGGUUGGAGAUGGCCUUAUGCCUGACCACAUAACAUAUACCAGUGUAAUUCAUGCAUACCUAGAAUUUGGGUAUCUAAAAAAAGCCAGAGAGUUGUUCGAUGAGAUGAUAAGCAAAGAGAUCUCUCCAACUGUUGUGACAUACACAGUGCUAAUUCAUGCACAUGCUGGUAAAGGGAGGCUUGAACUUGCACAUAUGUAUUUUUCAGAGAUGCAACAGAAGAGCAUUUUGCCAAAUGUGAUUACUUACAACGCGCUGAUAAAUGGACUUUGCAAGUAUAGAAGAGUAAACGAGGGUUACAGGUACUUUGCUGAGAUGAAAGCAAGAGGAAUUGUCCCUAAUAAAUAUACCUACACCAUUUUGAUAAAUGAGAACUGUGAUUUGGGUAACUGGCAAGAGGUUUUUAGACUGUUCAAAGAAAUGUUGGAUAACGGAAUCCAACCUGAUUCUUUUACAUACAGUGCGAUGUUGAAAAAUCUCGGCAAAGAUUCUACAUCACAUGCCAUAGAAUACCUUGACUUUAUACUUUUGGGUGAUGAAGGCACUGCCGAAGCAGAGAGUUGAACAAUUCGUGAAUAGCCACUGGGAUUCUUGGUUGACUGGCUUUCAGUUCUUGAUAUUUGGUCUAAAGGUGUUACACCAUGAGCUUCAGACCGACAUCUCUGUAAUAGCUGCUGGUGGAGCAGAUAGAGCCUGUCAUGGUUCAUUUUGGAUUUGGACCUACUUCCUGUAUUUGGUGGAAAACACAAAAGUCUACGCAGCUUACCAGAUAACACGAUACUCUAUUGCAGCUUAGUGGCACACAGAGCUCCCGUUCCUGAAUAUUUCUAUGCAAAUGUUAAAGCAGUAAAGCAAGGAAUGCUAAAUAAGCUGGAAGUCAUUGGUGGAUAAAUGGUCGUUGAAAAUGGUGCUACUCUGGUUGGAUUUGCCAUACAAAUUCAAUCCUUUUUUGAGAAUGACAAUUUCAAUCCUUUAAAGCAUGUUAAUAGAUACCGGGACAAUUAUCUUCCGCGUGUUGUGCCUGACAUGCAGCGGUAAAUGGUCAAAUGUGAGUUUUUGAGAUCGUAGAGCAGGAGCAGAGACAAAAAACACUAGUUCGUUAUUUCCCAUCUGCCCUGAUACCUAUGCUGGUGAGAUGUGGCAGGUACCCGGUGGAAUAGUGGAGUGUGCAAGUUUGGCUCGGACACCACCAUUGUCAAAAAGAAUUUCACCAAAAGCAAUACAUUUGUGUACGAAAUCUUGAAUGGCGGAGGCCGAUGAGUUUGUCCUAGUACAAAUGUAUCACAAUUUGAUCUGCUAUUCACUUGGAGGUACAGCGCUGUAUAUUUGACCAAGCAAGGGGUUCAUUUGCAGAUGUUGAAGUAUUGCAAAGCAAAAUGUGAAUUUUGAGCCUAAUUCUGGAAUUUGCAGCUUGGCUAUUUUGUUUGAAUGAGAAAAUAUGCAAGUUUUUUUAUGUUCUCCAAGUCUGCUUGACCAAAAUAGAACUUUCUGUAUUUGUUUGUAUUAUUUACUUUAAAUUAAAGAGCUGAAGUUGAUUUUACUUGA